CUUGGUCGGCAGCUAUUUAAUCUCCCACCUCCUCGGACGACCCUCCACCUCUCGCAGACCGUCGACCAAUUAAGUACUCCUCCGUUCGAAAGAAGCCGUCGGAAGGAGAUCUCGAGCUGGAAUUAGGGCUUUUAAUGAAGGGAGUGAACUUUGGGAGUAAACGAGAAUCUGGUUUGAAUCCCGUCUCUGGCUCGAUUUGCACCUGUGAGUUUUGCGAUCUAGUGGAGGUCUUAUUCUUUGAUCCAAAUUCGUACUUCUUUUGUCGGCCAAGAUCAAGUUUGAAGCUUUUCAAUGAGAAAAAUAUCAUCUUUCUUCUUUGUUGCUCCUGGAUAUUGGUUUGGCAUCAAUCGCUUGUAAUUUGGUUGCCGUUUUGCUGAUCUUGGAUGGGACUGACGGAUUUCUUACUUCCUGAGGUUCGUCUUGAUAUGCUACUGAAAGGUGGGAUGGUUUUUCGCAGGAGGAAUUCUUUGACUUAAAUUACCGGUGCAUGAAAUGGAGAGUGGUGGUUUUAGUAGGAGGAUGUCGGUUCGAUUGACCCCUAGAAUUGCGAGCAGACCUAGGGUUUCUGUUCGCAGGAAGUCGUGGGUGGCGCCGAGACCUUCAAUCAGUGAUCUCGUAGUAGCCUUCUGUCUGGCCUCUCUCGUUCUCGUCGUUGGAUGUAUUGUCUAUCUCUAUGUUCUCCAAUACUUUGACAGUGAGAAUUCUGUUGCUGGAUUAAUUGGUGACGCUAAUGUUUGUAAUGUCUUUGAUGGUAGUUGGGUGCCGGAUAGUUCGUACCCUCUGUACAAUAGUUCGGAAUGUCCAUUUGCUGAAAGGGGGUUUAACUGCUUGGCAAAUGGGAGGAAGGAUAUCGACUAUCUUAAGUGGAGGUGGCAGCCACGGCAAUGUGAUGUACCUAAAUUCAAUGUGCAUGACAUCUUGGAAAGGCUGAGAGGGAAAAGGGUAGUCUUUGUGGGUGAUUCAAUGAGUCGCACACAGUGGGAGUCUCUAAUAUGCAUGCUCAUGACUGGAGUGCAGGAUCCCAAGACUGUUUAUGAAGUCAAUAGUAAUCAGAUCUCGAAAACGAUUCGCUUCUUAGGUGUCCAGUUCCAAUCGUUCAAUUUGAGCAUAGAGUUUUUCCGCUCGGUGUUUCUUGUACAGCAAAGCUUGCCACCUAGACAUGGGCCAAAACGGGUUCGGACAGCACUACAGCUGGACAAGAUGGAUGACAUAAGCAGGAAGUGGGUUGAUUCAGAUGUACUUAUAUUCAACUCUGGUCAUUGGUGGACUUCAAGCAAACUCUUUGACAUGGGUUGCUAUUUCCAGAUUGGUGGAACCCUGAAGCUUGGAAUGUCCAUCAAUUCUGCAUUUAGAGUUGCUUUAAACACCUGGGCUUCUUGGGUCGAGACAAUGGUUGACACAAAUAGAACUCAUGUCUUCUUUCGGACUUAUGAGCCCUCCCAUUGGAGUGGCUCAAACGAGAAGGUCUGUGAAGUAACACAGCAGCCUUUGUCUGAGGCUGAAGUGAAUGACAAAAGUGAGUUUGCAGAUAUCAUAGCUGAGGUAGUAGAAAGGAUGACAGUCCCUAUCGCUGUUCUUAAUGUAACUUCAAUGGGGGCUUUUAGGAGUGAUGCCCAUAUUGGCACUUGGAGCCACGCUUCUACUAUUGUCGAUUGCAGCCAUUGGUGUCUCCCUGGAGUCCCAGAUGCUUGGAAUGAACUUGUAUUCUCCUGUUUGCUCAAAAAGGGCUGGAGAAAGUUGGAAAAAUGAUGUUCCAGAUCAUGAUCUUUUCUUUUUUUCCUUGUUAUAAUUUGUUAUUCUUUUUGGAAGUGCAAGGUUGUCUCUGAGAUGAAGCAGAAUGCCAGGGAAAGUGGUUCUCAUCCAUUCUUUAACUGUUACUUUUAUUUGUAGCAUAUUGUUCGUUUCUUUUCUCAAAGGAAGAGGUAAUGAUUAUCUUGGAACAUGUGUGUGAUGACACUUGAUGUUUUACCAUUGAGAAUGUGAGUUUUGGUUUUACAUGUAAUUCCUAUGGUAAACCAUAGUAGUAAUGAGAACAUGUUUCAAUUUCUUCUGAAAGGCUAAUUUCUCUCUCUUCCUAUGUU